UCUGGAUGUGACAGAGGCCUCGGUGUACUCAGGAGUUUGUACAGAGAUCUUCAAAAGAGAGUGUGUGAUCUUCCAGAAACCAGUCUACUGCUUUGUUCAUCUGAGCAUUCAGGAGUUUCUGGCUGCAGUCUACAUGUUCCACUGUUUCACCAACAGAAGGACAGAGGUGGUGAAGAACUUCCUUAAACCAAAAUCUUUGACCAAGAUGAUUUCCAGUGUUUUUGAUAACAAAGAUCUCCAAUCACUUGAUGUAUUUCUGAGGAGAGUCAUGGAGAAAUCCCUCCAGAGUAAAAAUGGCCACCUGGACCUGUUUGUUCGCUUCCUUCAUGGCCUCUGUCUGCAGUCCAACCAGAGACUCUUAGUAGGUCUGCUGGGUCAGACAGAGAUCAGUCCAGGAACCAUUCAGAGAGUCAUUAAGAACCUGAAGAAGAUGAACAGUGAUAAAAUCUCUCCUGACAGAAGCAUCAACAUCUUCCACUGUCUGAUGGAGAUGAACGACCUCUCAGUACGUCAGGAGAUCCAAGAGUUCCUGACGUCAAAGAACAGAUCAAAGAAGAAACUCUCUGAGAUCCAGUGCUCAGCUGUGGCCUUCAUGCUGCAGAUGUCAGAGGAGGUUCUGGAUGAGUUGGACCUGCAGGAGUACAAAACAUCAGAGCGGGGACGAUGUAGACUGAUUCCAGCUGUGAGGAACUACAGAAAGGCUCGACUGACUCAGUGUGGACUCUCAAAGACUCACUGUGAAGUUGUGGCCUCAGCUCUGAAGUCCAACCCCUCCCAUCUGACAGAGCUGGACAUGAGUGAGAACAACCUGCGGGAUUCAGCAGUGAAGCUUCUGUGUGCUGGACUGGAGAGUCCAAACUGUCGACUGGAGACUCUGAGAUUGAGCGACUGUAGUUUGUCAGAGAUCGGCUGUGAUUAUCUGGCAGCAGCACUGAAGUCCAACCCCUCCCAUCUGAGAGAGCUGGACCUGAGUAAUGAGUUCCCCUGGUGGUCGACUAAGAACAAGCUGCAGGAUUCAGGAGUGAAGCAUCUGUGUGGUUUCCUGGAGAGUCCAGGAUGUGGACUUGAAACUCUGAGAUUGAGCGACUGUGGUUUGUCAAAGAUCAGCUGUGAUUAUCUGGCAGCAGCACUGAAGUCCAACCCCUCCCAUCUGAGAGAGCUGGACCUGUGGGCAAACAAGCUGAAGGAUCCAGAUGUGAAGCAGCUGUCUGAUCUUCAGCAGAGUCCAGACUACAGACUGAAGACUCUGAGGUGGAGGCCAUGAUGGUAAACAGGACGGUGUGUGUGCUGAGAGAGGAGCAGCUGUGUCCUGAUGAUCCAGAGAGGUUGAAGCAGCAGCAGCUUGUGUGUAGAGACGCUCUGACUGGGCCAUGUUACUGGGAGGUGGA